AUGGCGGACCCGUUGAGCUUGUUGCGGCAGUAUAAUGUUAACAAAAAGGAGAUAAUUGAGCGUGAAAAUCAAAUUAUUUUCGGGGAGUUUUCCUGGCCGAAGAACGUAAAAACUAACUACCUGACGUAUGGAUCCGGCAAAGAGGGAACUCCAAAGGAAUAUUAUACUCUAGAGUGCCUCCUGUUCUUACUGAAACAUGUGCAACUUACUCAUCCUGUAUACGUACGGCAAGCAGCCGCAGAGAAUAUCCCAGUUGUGCGUAGACCAGACAGAAAAGAUUUAUUGGCAUAUCUUAAUGGUGAAACUGCUACAUCAGCCGCCAUAGACAAAUCUGCGCCCUUAGAGAUCCCGACUCAAGUGAAAAGAACCGCUGAAGAUGGGUUGGAGAGUGGAUCUUCGAAAAAACCACGAUACGAGGAGACUCACGUUCAAAAGGUCAAGGAGCAACUGGCAGCUCGAUUGGACGCUCCCAAGGAGGCCUCUGUCACGGUGGACAAUAUCAAGUCUCUGUCGGAGGCAAUGUCUGUCGAGAAGAUCGCCGCUAUCAAAGCCAAACGUUUAGCCAAGAAACGUACUACAAUUAAGGAGAACGAUGACAUCGGAAUGGGAUCCGAUCUACGGGUAAUACUGAUGGAUGUGGAUGACACAAAGGAUAUAGUUUCUAGGGAAAGGCAGUGGAGAACGCGCGCGACUAUUCUACAAAGUAGCGGAAAGAUCUUUGCGAAAAAUAUAUUCGCGAUCCUUCAGAGUAUCAAGGCUCGCGAGGAAGGCAGACAGAAAGGCCCUGCUGCUCCUACUCCGAUGGUCACACCGCGAUCCACACCUAUGCGUCCGUUACCUCAGCCGGCUGUGUACAAUCGUUACGAUCAGGAAAGAUUUAUCAGGCAGAAGGAGGAAACGGAAGGAUUUAAAAUCGACACAAUGGGCACUUAUCAUGGUAUGACCUUGAAGUCCGUGACAGAGGGUACUAAUCCAGCAGUGAGGAAACCACCGACCAAUCCAUCCACCACACCCAGUUCCGGUUUGUUGCCGACCUCUGCUGCCAAGCUCACUCCUCAGCAAGCAGCUCAGAACAAACGGCCUAGCAGGACACCUAUCAUUAUCAUUCCAAGCGCGAAUACAUCGUUGAUCACGAUGUACAAUGCAAAAGACAUACUUCAGGACCUAAAGUACCUUACCAACGAGGAGAAACGUUCACAGGGAUCCAAGCGCGAGAACGAGGUCCUUCUGCAGCGUCGGAAGGACGGUGGACUCACGGUGCCAUACAGGGUUGUAGAUAAUCCGCAGAAGCUCACGAACGCGGAUUGGGAAAGGGUUGUCGCUGUGUUCGUAAUGGGUCCAGCAUGGCAGUUCAAGGGAUGGCCUUUCGACGGCAAUCCCGUUGAAAUCUUUUCAAAGAUUUGCGCGUUUCACUUAAAAUACGACGAGAUGAGGCUGGACGCGAAUGUGGCUCGUUGGGCCGUGACUGUGAUCGAAUUGAGCAGAACGAAAAGACACUUGGACAGGGCAGCGCUGAUGGUAUUCUGGGAACAUUUGGACAAACACAUGAUCAAGAACAAGCCACACCUACGGUUCUGAAUCAAGUUUCGUCGAGGCCAGCGGCAAAGACUUCCAGGCUUACGAUUUUCGCCGAGAGACAACAGGAACCUGUACAUACUAAUCAAAGAGUCUAACACCCGUGUACAUAAUCUACAAGAGGCGAAGACGUAGAACGUGUCUCUCUUCGCAAGAAGAAAACAGAAAAAGAAGACUAAUUCUCUCGUGUACUCGCAGGCAACGGUAUUAAUCUUUCGAAUCGCAAACAACAACCAUUUUUUCUUAAAAACACGACAGAGAUAUAGAGAAAGUUGCAAUCAUCUUUGGUAUGUUAAUAUGACACACAUACCAAAAAAAAAAUGUUAUUCGCGGUUUCGUG